GGAAUACGUGCAGCACAGUGAUGGGGAGGGAGCAGGACAUGCGACUUCCUAGAAAAGUAGGGAGGUGUGAACUGGUGUUUAUCUGAUGCUGGGGGGCUCUCCCUUCCUUCUUUCCCCACACGUCCCCUAUGUCUGUAUACAGCAAAGUUUCUGAGAGGACGGACUCCCCCCCUGCUCCACUCUUCAAUGGCCAGGAACAGCCAAUCCCUUCCUCAUCCUGGCCGCCGGCCGACCUUUCAGCACACAGAGAGGGAAGGCGGCUAAGCCCCUGACUGGAGCCAGACCAAUGCAAAGAGUGCGAGCUCCGGGGAGGGGGAGGGGCGCUGCUGGCUCGUCUGUGGACAGCCUGAUGUACCAGCACUAGAAGGGCUCCACAGCCAGUGACAGAGGCAGCACAGCAACCAUGAGUACCGUAUAUGAUGUCAUUGUCAUCGGUGCAGGCAUCUCAGGUCUCACAGCUGCAAAGCUACUUGUGGAAUCAGGACUGAAUGUUGUGGUGCUUGAGGCAAGAGACAGAGUUGGAGGCAGAACUCAUACUAUUAGAAACAAAGAAGUCCAGUAUGUGGAUGUUGGUGGAGCAUAUGUGGGUCCAACACAAAAUCGCAUUCUACGUGUGGCGAAAGAGCUUGGUAUAGAGACCUACAAAGUGAAUGUGUCACAGCGAGCUAUCUAUCAUGUCAGGGGAAAAACCUAUGCAUUUCAUGGAGCUUUUCCUCCAGCGUGGAACCCUUUGGUAAUUUUGGAUUACAACAAUUUAUGGAGGACAAUAGAUGAAUGGGGAAAGGAGAUUCCAGUUGAUGCUCCUUGGAAAGCUCCACAUGCAGACGAAUGGGACAAAAUGACAAUGAAGGAGUUUAUAGACAAAGUUUGUUGGACAAAGGCAGCUAAACGAUUUGCUCAACUUUUUGUGAAUGUAAAUGUCACUUCUGAAACGCAGCAUGUUUCUGUCCUGUGGUUCUUGUGGUACACAAAACUUUGUGGUGGAACACAGCGAAUGUUUUCUGUGGAAAAUGGAGGGCAGGAGAGAAAGUUUAUUGGAGGUGCUGGUCAGAUUAGUGAGAAGCUAAUGGCGCUUCUUAAUGAUCGAGUAAAAUUACAAAGACCAGUAGUCAGGCUUGAUCAGACUGGUGAAAAUGUCGUUGUGGAGACCUUAAACCAUGAUGUUUAUCAUGCCAAGUUUGUUAUAAGUGCUAUACCACCAGUUUUAACUACAAAGAUUCAUUUUAAUCCUGAGCUGCCACCUAUUAGAAAUCAGUUAAUUCAGAGGCUUCCAAUGGGAUCUGUCAUAAAGACCAUGAUGUAUUACAAGGAAGCAUUUUGGAGAAAACUAGACUUUUGCGGAGCUAUGUUUAUUGAUGAUGAAAACACUCCAGUUGAGAUUGCAUUGGACGAUACAAAGCCUGAUGGUUCAUCCCCAGCUAUCAUGGGUUUUAUUUUAUCCAGACGAGCAUCUGUACUUACAAAUCUUACUAAGGAAGAGAGAAAGAAAAGAAUAUGUGACUACUAUGCUAAAGUAAUGGGCACUGAAAAAGCAUUGCAUCCUGUACAUUAUGAGGAGAAGAACUGGUGUGAAGAACAGUAUUCUGGUGGCUGUUACACUGCUUACUUUCCACCGGGAGUCAUGACACAGUAUGGAAGUGUCAUUCGCCAGCCCGUUGGGAAGCUAUACUUUGCUGGAACAGAAACUGCUACUCAGUGGAGUGGAUACAUGGAGGGAGCAGUGCAAGCUGGGGAGAGAGCAGCCAGAGAGAUAAUGUGCAAAAUGGGACUCAUUUCGGAAAAUGAAAUAUGGUUGCCUGAACCAGAAUCUGUGGAUGUUCCUGCACUACCAUUUGAUAGAUCAUUCUUGGAAAGAAAUCUGCCAUCAGCUGGAGGAUUUGUUAGGUUCAUUGGCUACUCUACAUUCGUCGCUGCAGCAGCUGCUCUUGUGCUCUUCGCACACAAGAAAGGCUUCAUCACUCGUGUUUAAUCAGUGGACAACACUAACAUGUUCCUGAAUGAUGACAAUCAGCUGAUUCUCUUGUGUUAUUUGCUAUACUGAUUAUCAUUAUUGUCUUUAUGUUAAACUAACCAAAAUCCACAUGCUACUUCAACCAUAUCUCUUAUAGAGAGUUGAUUAAUGUUGAUUGUGAAAGGGAUAUUUUCUAAAAAGGAAUAUAUAAUAGAUCAUAAAUAAUCCUAACAUUUUUACAAUAUUAACAUAUUUUAAACUUAUGCUACUUCCAGACAUUGCCUCAGGUUUCUAUCCUAAUACCAGAAAUGCUGCAAACUAUGCAGGUUGAUAACUAAGCUCAGGAUGAAUAAGGGAAUUGUGUUCCGCACACAUAUACUCCAUUCACGACCCACCAUCCAGAAAGUAGUUGAAAGGGAAUUCAUUGUACUAGGACUUUUUGGUAGCACAUACUGUUGUAACAUUGCUCUUUAGUGUGGCAGGGUUCAUUAUUAGCCUAAGGAAUUUGGUAAGCAAAGAUUUUAUUGAAGGAUCUCCUUGAGUAAUACUUAUGCAGUCCACAUAUAGCAUCUGUCCACCACCACAAUGGAUCUGAAACAAAGCCAUGAAUACGUGAUUAGAGAAUAGAUUUCCAGAUUUAACUCUAGAAGAACCUAGAGGGACCGUAACAUUUUGAAUCCCCCCCCCCCCCCCCCCCACACACACACA